ACAACAAAGUAAAGCCAUCUUGAUAGCAAACGGAAAAAACAGUCCAGCCUACAGUUUUCGUCUCUAAACAUACAAAAUGCCUCCUAAAAAGAAGAAGAGUGGGAAAAAAGGAAAGAAAGGGAAAAAGUCUGGAAAGGCAAAAACACCAACAGUCAUAGAUGGAAUCUCAACAGAGGAAAUGUCUAAGGAACAGCUGGAGGAACAUAUUGUACGUCUCCGUGAAGAAUUGGACAGGGAACGUGAAGAAAGAAAUUACUUUCAGCUAGAGCGAGACAAAGUUAACACUUUUUGGGAAAUUACAAAAAGACAAUUGGAGGAAAAGAAAGCAGAACUGCGUAAUAAAGACAGAGAAAUGGAAGAUGGUGAAGAAAGACAUCAAAUAGAAAUCAAGGUUUAUAAACAGAAAGUAAAGCAUUUAUUAUAUGAGCACCAGAACAAUAUAUCAGAACUGAAGGCAGAAAGUGUAUGUGCCAUCAAGUUAGCCCAGGAUGAUCAUAGGUCUAGUGAGAAUGAGUUACGGAAAGACAAGCGAGGCCUCAAAGUGGAGCUUAAGGAGCGUGAACUUUCUCAUGAAGAUUACAUUAAAAAUUUGAAAAAGAAACAUGAUGAAGUUGUAACACAACUGAGGGCAGACUUUGAAAGACAGUCUCGAGAAAUUGAAGCCAAAUAUGAAAAAAAGAUGCGAACUCUUCGGGAUGAGUUAGAUCUCAGAAGAAAAACAGAAAUUCAUGAGAUUGAAGAGAGAAAGAAUGGUCAAAUUAAUGAACUCAUGAGAACACAUGAAAGGGCGUUUAGUGAUAUAAAGAACUACUACAACGAUAUCACGCUCAACAACUUAGCUCUCAUCAACACACUCAAGGAGCAAGUAGAGGAAAUGAAGAAGAAGGAAGAAAGAAUGGAGAAGAGGAUGGCAGAAGUAAUCCCAGAGAACACUCGUCUACGGGAACAGUUGGAGAAGGCAAACGGAGAGGUGGAUGAUCUGAGGAAGCAAUUAGCUAACUAUGAGAAGGACAAGGAGACUUUGAGGAUGACCAAGGCCAGACUGAGAGUAACAGAGGAUGACUUCAAAGCUAUGAAGUGGGAACAUGAGGUGCUCGAGCAGAGGUUUGAAAAGACUCAAGGUGAAAGAGAUGACUUGUAUAAGAAGUUUGUGAAAGCCAUCCAUGAAGUACAACAGAAGAGUAACUUUAAGAACCUGCUGCUGGAGAAGAAACUGGGGGCCCUGGCUGACACUUUGGAGAAGAAGGAGGCACAGCUGAAUGAAGUGUUAUCUGCCUCUAACCUCGACCCUACAGCACUCACUGUGGUCACACGCAAACUUGAGGAUGUGCUGGAUUCCAAGAACAGUGCUAUCAAAGACCUGCAAUAUGAGUUGGCAAGGGUAUGCAAGGCUCACAAUGACUUGCUGAGAACAUACGAGGCAAAACUGAUGCAGUUUGGUAUACCUACAGAAGAACUGGGCUUCAAACCACUAGAAAGUACUGUUGGAGGGCAAGCAUUAGGCCAGGGACCUGCUGGACUGGUGUCUGCCCCAUCGUAGCAUUCACUUCACAUAUUCUGAACAUUCCAAAAACGUUUUGUGUCUCUCCGUCCAUUUGAAAUCAUGCAGGCUUUAAAUUACCUAAAUUAUUUAAGAAAAUUCAUAAAGGAAUCAUUUCAUUUGUACAAUGAAAAUUAUUGAAGUUUUGAAAAAUCCACUGACAACAUAGACUUUCAUUGUCAAAAAUUCUCGUUAUGAAUGCAUAACUGUUUAAAGUCAGAAUUUGCUGAGGGAAGGAGAUUAUUUUAAGGAACAAACUUUCAUGGAUAUGGUCUCAAAAAAUGAUGGAUUAUUUUGUAUAUGGUUGAAGGAGCAGCUAGUGUGAACUUAUCUGCGCUGGUCUGUCUGUAUACUACAAAGAGAACAUGACUUACAUAUCCUUGUGACUGAAAACAAGUCACUCAGAAAACAAUUUGUUAUAAAACAACCAUUAUUUAUUAAGGCUUUAUUUUGUAAAUACUUUUUGUACAGCCACCGAUCAUUUAAUUAUCUGUGAUAGCUACACUGUAAAUGUACAUAGUAAAAUAACUAGUAA